AUGAACCGGAAGCGAGACUUGUCCACGUUCCACAAGGGACAACAGAACACUCAGGGCUCUGCCGACGACCACAAGGAGGAUUCCAGUAGUCGGCCCAAGAAAGUGGCCAAGAUUGUCAAGACCGAACCCACAGACAAGCCCAACGGAGGAAAUGACCACAUGGCAUCCCGUUGUAUCGGCCCAUGGGAUCCGGUUAGCGGGACGAUCAAAGUCUGCGUGCUGUGCAACGAUGAUUCCCACGGGCUCGAUAACUGUCCAGUCCUCGCAAAGCGCAGUGCGUCAGACCAAAGAUUCGUCUUGAGCAGAUAUCUGAUCCUCUACCGUGGCGGGCGUCCUCCCAUCGAGUCGAGUGUCUGCUGGGUUGACUUGCUAAGCUCUACAGAGUACAAAGAAGUGUUGGCCAAGCAUUCAUUGGAGAAGGGCGACAAACACUAUCCUUGGACAAGAGAGUUCGCAAUCAGUCAACACAAGAACAGGUUGUGGAAGCGCUACAGCUAUUCUCAAAAAGAUGACUCAGGAAGGACGUGGUGGCCUGAGGACCCCAAGACUAACUCGGAGGCUGAAGUCCAGAAGAACAUCGAGUUACUCAAACAGACUGAGUCCGCGUCCGUUUUGAAAGCAGCGGCCCGUCAAAAGAUGAUGGAGAGCGAGUCAGAGAGGGAGUGGGAGUUGACUGCAGCCGGCCUGAAAGCGUGGCCUGACAUCUUCAAGAUUGCUCCAAAGUUGAAGGCUUUUAUUGAGAAAGAAGACAAUUGA